CCUGUGAGUGACCGACCCUUCUGUCCUCGAGUGACAGUAGCUGCUUAAUCAGGCGCUCAAGGUCUAGAGUUUUCUCUGGCACGUUUCUGGACAAUUUCAGGGCAGUAGUCAUGGUGUUCGAAAGAAAAAUGCUCACUAAUGGUGACCCCGAAGACGAGGAGGAGGAUGCCCCUGAAGAGGAAGAAGAGGAGGAAGAAGAGGAGGAAGACCUGGUGGACCCCUUAGAAAAUAUCCGUGCUAAGUGUGCGGAGACAGAACACUGCACACACUAUAAGGAGCGUCUGGAGCUCUGCGAGACCCGGGUCAACUCCAAAUCCCAAACCACAGAAGAGUGCACAGAAGAGCUCUUUGACUUCCUUCAUGCACGUGAUCACUGUGUAGCCCACAAACUGUUCCACAACGUGAAAUGAUCUAUCCAGCAACCACCUGCAUCUGUGUGAUCACUGUUGAUUGUAACAUAAGGAGAAGCAUACUUGCAAAUUGGUAUUCUAUAUUAAUACAUAUUGUAUGACAAUCCCACCAUGACUUUCCACUAUGUACAUUGCAUAUAUUGUGUGAGGCUUUUUGUACAUAGAGUAAGCCCUGCUUUUACGGAGUCAAGAUUUCCGAACUUCAUUGUCGUCAGUUCAUAUAGAAAAAGAACCGGCAUUUCUGCUCAUGCAGAAUUGUGGUUGUGUUUUGUUCCAUUUGGACCGGUAUGAUAAAUAAAAAUUCUCUUUGGUUACCAUU